ACCCACCCUUCCUCCGCUAAUCUACUAAACAUCUCAUUAUCAUGACUCUGGGUGAAUACCAAAUUAAAGAAGAACCUGCUUGCACUCCAAGAAAAAUCAAGGUUAUUGUCAUCGGGGCCGGAGCCUCUGGCCUUAACUUUGCCAGGGAAGUCUACAAUAACAUUCCCUCCUGUGAAUUAGCUCUUUACGACAAAAACCCUUCCAUUGGUGGUACUUGGUUCGAAAACAGAUACCCUGGUGUUGCAUGCGAUAUUCCCUCUGUCAAUUACCAGUUUACCUGGGCCCCCAGCACAGACUGGAAGACUUACUAUUCGUCAGGACCUGAAAUUUUGAAGUACUUCAAAAAGGUUGCAAAGGAACACGGCUUGGAAAAAGACGUCCAUCUCAAUUGCAGAGUUGUGGGAGCUUAUUGGAAUGAAGACAAUAAGCAGUGGGAUGUCACUAUUCAAAGAAACGACGAUCCUAAUGACACUUUUACCGACUCAGCCGAAGUGUUGAUCAAUGCUACUGGUGUGUUGAACAAGUGGAAGUGGCCAGAUAUUAAGGGCUUGGAAUCGUUCAAAGGUCCCAGACUCCAUAGUGCCAAUUGGGACACCUCAUUGAGUUUGGAAGGAAAAACCGUGGGAGUUAUUGGAUCAGGAUCCUCAGCCGUCCAGAUCAUUCCCAACAUCUUACCCAAGGUCAAGCUGUUGACACAGUUUGUCAGAAGUAGAUUCUGGAUCACUGCUGGUUUUGCUCAGAAGUUCGCCGGCCCCAAGGGUGCUAAUUUCAAGUACUCCGAUGAACAAAUACAGGUAUUGCAGAAGGAUCCCAAGAAGUACUUGACCUACAGAAAGAACAUCGAAUCUGAUCUCAAUAAGCGGUUUAGGUCGGUUCUCCGUGGAGGAAAGGAGCAGAACGAGGCCAGGGCCUAUGCUGAGAACGAGAUGAAGGAGAAGUUGGCCUCCAAGCCUGAAAUCGCUGAGAAAGUCAUCCCCCAGGAUUUCGGUGUUGGGUGCCGUCGUCCUACUCCUGGAAAUGGGUUCUUAGAAGCGUUGUGCGAUGAGAAGAGCAACUUGGUUUUCAGUGACAUCGACGAGAUCAACGAAACUGGAUUACGGACCAAGGACGGAGAGCAGCACGACUUCGAUGUGUUGAUCUGUGCCACCGGGUUUGAUGUGUCUUGGAUCCCUCACUUUCCUUUGGUGGGAAGACAAGGUAAGGAUCUUCGUGAAGAAUGGAAAGAUGCUCCAGACACCUAUUUAUCGGUAGCCGUGCCACACUUCCCCAACUACUUGACAUUCAUGGGACCAUACGCUCCGUAUGCCCAUGGAUCGAUCUUGCCUAUGACCGAAGCCAUUGCCAAAAACUUCAUUCAACUUGUGCAAAGAAUUGCAACCGAGUCGGUCACCUCAUUUGAUCCAAAACCUGAAGCCGUGGACGAUUUCAGAACCCAGAGAAAGACUUUCUUGGAGCGGACAAUCUGGAACGACCCAUGCCGGUCUUGGUUCAAGCAGAGUAACAAGGCUGGUGAGUUGAUGAUGUGGCCCGGAUCUCGGGUUCAUUUCUUUGAGAUCAUGCUGAAGCCAAGAUGGGAAGACUACCACUUGACUUAUGAAAACGACAACCGAUUUGCGUAUUUUGGAAACGGUUUCCAUGUCAGGGAGUUUGACAACCGUGACUUAAGUUGGUACUUGGGGUUGUUAGAUGGUAAGGACGAAGAGCCUGACUACACUGAUGAGAUGAUCAAGGAUUUCAUUGUCCUGGAAGUUUAG